GUGCCAUCCCAUCCCUUGCCAUCCCGUUGGCCGCCAUGUUUCAUUAGCUUGCGUCUUUGUCUGCAUUUCUCUCUCUAACCAUUUUCUAAUCUUUCCAUAGCUAAUUGAAUUGUAUAAUAAUGAACAAUCCACUUCUCACUCAUCAUCUUUGCAUCUACUUAAGCGCAGGGUGUCCUUCGGCAUCUGAAUAUCCAGAAAGAGAAAAGCUGCUGCUUAUAAAAGUGGCAAUUUGUUCUUUCCUGAACCAGCUGGAAAAGGUUGAAAUGAUCAGAACAAGGUGGGGAAACUAGUGAGAAGUAGUUUCGUAGAGAGAGAAAAUAGUGGGUUUUGUUUUUUUGUUGUUCUGUGAUGGGUUUGGAGGAGAAAAUGGAGGAGUUUUUGCAAAAAGUUGGGGGUUCUGCUGUUAUAGAUGGGGGGUUCGCCACUGAAUUGGAGAGACAUGGGGCUGAUCUCAACGACCCUCUGUGGAGUGCAAAGUGCCUCAUCACCUCUCCUCAUCUUAUUCGCCAGGUCCAUCUGGAUUAUCUUGAAGCUGGUGCCGAGAUUAUAAUUACAUCAUCUUACCAAGCUACUAUCCAAGGUUUUAAAUCAAAAGGCUUCUCUGAAAAAGAAGCAGAAGAGUUAUUGGUGAAAAGUGUUCAUAUUGCAUGUGAAGCCCGAGAUAUUUAUUGGGAGAGACACUCAAAAAGUUCAUGCAAUAAGUUUGGAAAUGGAAACGUUCUAGAACGAGACCCAAUUUUGGUGGCAGCCUCAAUAGGAAGCUAUGGAGCAUAUUUAGCAGAUGGGUCGGAGUAUAGUGGAGAUUAUGGGGUCGAUGUCACAUUGGAUACCUUGAAAGAUUUCCAUAGGAGAAGAGUUCAGGUUCUUGCUGAAUCAGGUGCUGAUUUGAUUGCCUUUGAAACAAUACCUAAUAAGCUAGAGGCCAGGGCUUAUGUCCAGUUGCUUGAAGAAAAUGACAUAAACAUCCCAGCUUGGUUCACUUUCAAUUCUAAGGAUGGGACUAAUGUUGUUAGUGGGGAUUCGCUACUGGAGUGUGCUUCAAUUGCAGACUCAUGUAAGAAAGUGGUCGCUGUGGGGAUUAACUGCACGCCUCCCAGAUACAUUCAUGAUCUGAUUCUUUUUAUCAAGAAGGUUACUACUAAACCAAUAGUGAUCUAUCCGAACAGUGGGGAGACAUAUGAUUCCGUAAUUAAAGAGUGGGUGGAAUCGGCUGGUGUCUCAGAUGAAGAUUUCGUUUCUCAUGUGGAAAAAUGGCGUGAAGCCGGGGCAUCCUUUAUUGGAGGCUGUUGCAGAACAACCCCGCUUACAAUCAAAGCUAUUUCAAGGGCAUUGAACAAGAGAUCAACAAACUCUUCAAAGCUGACUUGUAAACAAGAUCUUGAGGAGCUGUUUAAUUAAAGACAGCAAGAGAUCAACAAACUCUUCUGCGCUGACUUGUAGAUAAGAGCUUGAACAGUUACUUAACUGAAAAGAGCGAGAAGUCAUGAAACUCUUCAAGGCUGACUGAUAAACAAGAGCUUGAAUAGUUAUUUAACUGAAUAGAAAAUGGUCAGUAUGGCAACUCUUAACACAAUCCAAAACCUGGGCUCUUAUUUUCCUUUUCGUCUUUGUGGAAUAAUAAAGUGAUGGUGAUUUCAUGGAAUUUUAAGAAGGAUUCAUGCUGAAUCAUGCAAUAUAUCACAUUUUCAUGCA